CUAAAACACAUAACAAGAACACUUGUAUAUUUCUCAAAGCUCACAAACACAAAACAACUCUUAUACCAUCAUGUCUUCUCAAAUGUUCUUGUCUUUGGUUCUCUUCUUUGCUUCUUCUCUCCUCCUUCAAGGAACUUUAGGUGAGAUCGUAUGUGAGGAUUUACCAACGGAAGUUUGCUCCUUUUCAAUUGCAUCAUCCGGGAAACGGUGUUUGUUGGAGAACUUCGAGAACAACAAUGGAGAGACGGAAUAUCAAUGCAGAACAUCGGAAGUGGUGGUGGAGAGGAUGUCGGAGUAUAUCGAGACAGAUGAAUGUGUUAAGGUUUGUGGUGUUGAUCGGAACUCAGUCGGAAUCUCUUCUGACACCUUGCUUGAGGCACAAUCCGUCUCCAAAAUAUGCUCCGCCGCAUGCUACCAAAACUGCCCCAACAUCGUUGAUCUUUAUGUCAACCUGGCUGCCGGAGAAGGGGUGUUUUUGCCGGACUUAUGCGAGAAGCAAAGAAGCAACCCUCGUCGUGCCAUGGUUGAGCUUUUGAGCUCUGGUGCUGCCGCCGCUCCCAUGGCUAGUGAAAACCUCGUUGGUGCUGCCGCUCCUGUUUCUAUAUAAACCGAGUCAUCAAUAUAUAGAUGUUUGAUUUUGGAGGGGUU